AUGACGACUAGGAACAGGCAAAUCAAAAAUUUCACUUCGAAUUCCGGACCUCAACAUCCUGCUGCUCAUGGUGUUUCACGAUCAGUAUUGGAAAUGAACGGAGAAGUGGUGGAACGUGCGGAACCCCAUAUUGGAUUACUCCAUAGAGGGACUGAGAAAUUAAUAGAGUACAAAACUUAUCUUCAAGCUUUACCUUAUUCUGAUCGUUCAGACUAUGUUUCUACGAUGGCCCAAGAACACGCUCAUUCUUCAGCUGUAGAGAGACUUUUGAAUUGCGAGGUACCAUUACGAGCUCAAUAUAUACGAGUCUUAUUCCGUGAAAUCACUCGAAUUUCAAAUCAUUCACUUGCUUUAACUACUCAUGCUAUGGAUGUGGGAGCAUCAACUCCGUUCCUGUGGGCUUUUGAGGAGCGGGAGAAAUUAUUUGAAUUCUAUGAAAGAGUCUCGGGAGCCAGGAUGCAUGCCAGUUUCAUACGACCAGGUGGAGUGGCACAAGAUCUGCCUCUUGGCUUAUGUCGAGAUAUUGAUUCCUUCACACAACAAUUUGCUUCUCGUAUCGACGAAUUAGAAGAGAUGUCAACCGGCAACCGUAUCUGGAAACAACGAUUAGUGGAUAUUGGUACUGUCACUGCACAGCAAGCAAAGGAUUGGGGAUUCAGUGGUGUAAUGUUAAGAGGUCCAGGGGUAUGCUGGGAUUUGCGAAGAGCAGCACCUUACGAUGUUCAUGACCAAUUGGAUCCUGACGUACCAGUAGGUACCAGAGGAGAUCGCUAUGAUCGUUACUGUAUCCGUAUCGAAGAGAUGCGACAAAGUGUUCGGAUCAUUGUGCAAUGUCCUAAUCAAAUGCCUAGUGGGAUGAUCAAAGCCGAUGAUCGUAAGCUAUGUCCUCCAUCACGAUCUCGAAUGAAACUAUCCAUGGAAUCCUCAAUUCACCAUUUCGAACUUUAUACAGAAGGUUUUUCCGUACCAGCUUCUUCUACCUAUACCGCAGUGGAAGCACCUAAAGGUGAAUUUGGUGUCUUUCUGGUCAGUAAUGGAAGCAAUCGUCCCUACCGUCGUAAAAUAAGAGCACCUGGCUCUGCCCAUUCACAAGGACUCGAUUCUAUGUCCAAACAUCACAUGCCAGCGGAUGUGGUCACCAUCAUAGGUACUCAAGAUAUUGUGUCUGGAGAGGUAGAUAGAUAG